CCCCUCACCCCAUUAACCCUCAUAGUCGCCGCGACCCCAAUCCCACUCCCACACGCCCCCACCCCCGCAAACAACGCAAACCCGAAAGCCGCAACCUACCGCCUCGGCAUCGGCCAAAACGGCACGCUCCCAUGGCCGCGCAUCCAAACGGACAUGAGCUUCUUCGCGCGAACAACCUCUCGCCCACCUUGCCCAGGGACCACGAACGCGAUCCUCAUGGGCCGGAAGACCUACGACUCGAUCCCGCCGUCGCUGCGGCCGCUCAGCAGACGGAUCAACGCUGUGGUCACGCGGUCUGUGGAGUCGGUGCGGGAGCGGGUGAAUCGUGACCUUGAGGUUCGGAGGGGGAAGGAGGAGGCUAAGCUUCGCGAUUCUAAAGCGGAUCAGCAGCAGAAGCAGACACCCCGACAGGACGGGCAACAAGGGCAGACCGACGCGGUGGUGAGCGCGGGGCUGGAGGAGGCGGUGGCGGAGCUGGAGGCGGGGUCUGGCGGGCGGCUGGGGCAGCUAUUUGUGAUUGGGGGCGCGGAGAUCUACAAGGCUGCGCUGCGGGUGCAGGGGCGCGGGGUGCGGAUUGUGAUGACUUUUGUGGAGAAGGUGGGGUUUGAGGAUGAUGCCUCGCGGGUGUUCGAGUGUGAUACCUUCUUUCCUGUUGAUGCGGAGUUGCUUUCUGAGACGGGGUGGCGGGUGGUGAGUCCUGCGGAGGUGUCGGGGUGGGUUGGUGAGACUGUGUCUGGGGAGUGGGUUUGCGAUGGGGGGGUGCGUGUGCGGAUGGUUGGGUAUGAGCGGGUU